CUCAUGAAGACUAAAAUUUGAAAAAUAAAAAAAAAUUUGGCCGGCUCACAAUAAAAUAUGAAGUGGCUUUGGGAGGGAGGGUGACGGUGAGACGGAUGUCUGAGGUGUGACACAGUUUGACCCAGUUAACAACCAAUCAAAUGUAACCCCAUUUCUCAGAUGCUGUCUGUGCUUUUGCUCAAAAAAUUCAGUUCUUGAGAUGUCUGAGACGAUGCACCUGUGUAUGAUCCUCUGCGGAGUAUUUUAUCUGUCGGCAGUGAUCCAGUCAGCUGCAGUCACACAGGACACUGGGGUUAUAACCACCAGUGUUGGGGACAAUGUGACUUUACAUUGCUUCUAUGACAGCCAAGUGGCGAUGCACUUCUCCUGGUACCAACAAACCUUAGGAGGUGGACCUGAGCUCCUGUCUACUGUCUACAAGUAUGACAAACCCUCCAAAGUGUUCCCCUGGAUGGAGAAGAACCCUCGUUUCUCCGUGGAAAGGGAGGAAGGGUUGAAUCAUUUACACAUCACUGACGUCCACUUCUCAGAUUCUGCAACGUACUUCUGUGGAAGCUCACACUCCAACAUAGUGGAAUUUGGAGAGGGGGUAUUUCUAAGUGUCAAAGGAGCCAAACUCAAGGAAAUAGUCCAGGGGCCAGCAUUGGAGGUCAUCGAGCCAGGAGGCUCGGUGACUCUGAACUGUACCGUCCACACUGGGACCUGUGAUGGAGAACACAGUGUUUACUGGUUCAGACAUGGCCAUCGCCAAGGAAUCCUUUACACACACGGGGACCAAUGCAAAUCUGCCUCCACUCCAGAGUCUCCUUCGUGUGUCUACCAGUUGCAGAAAGUGAACCUGAGCUCCUCUGAUGCUGGAACCUACAUCUGCGCUGUGGCCUCCUGUGGGGAGGUGCUGUUUGGUAAUGGAAGCAAGUUGCUCGUCAAAGGUGACGCUGAAGACCAAAUGGCAUCGAUGACAAUCUUAGUCUGGCUCUCCAUCAUCAGAACUGGGAUUCUCUUCUUCCUUGUGACGAUUUGUUUCUGGGUUUACAUCAAUAAGAGGAGGUGAAAUCUUUAUUCAUGCAGAGUUUGGCUCAGACGUUCACUUAGCUCAGAAUCACUGUUACAGUUAAUGUUUAUAUUACGACAAAAAGUGUUGAAUAAAAAUCACAUAAUUUUGUUGUUUGGCUGUAUUAUACUUUUCUUAAUAAAAGCAACUCUG